CACGACAAAGUUAUUGUGCUCUUUUUACUUCCUGUUUGCUGGCUCACCAGGCUCGAAGUGUCCCGAACGUUCCGAAGCCUAAAGAGCGGAACCGAAGGAAGCGACACCGGAACUGACCGACGGCCGGUUCUACCGGACCGGACCGCAUGUUUGAGGGAAGCCUACCGAGCACCGCGCGGACUUUGUUUGGGUGCUCACGAUGCUAACGUCACCCGACGUGUCAAUCAUCUUCUCGACAUGUUCGCCCACAAGACUAAAAAGCCUCCAAGUCGACUUCCGGUUCGGGUUCUGCGCUUAGGUUCUGUUUUGAAGUGGACUUUUGGCGUGGGUUUGACUUUUAAUUUGGGUUUUGAAGUUGUUUGUUGACUUUUAACCCCCGCGGCUGUCUAUGAUGCUAAUUAGCAUUCUGUCGUCUACCCACUUCCGCUUUUAGUUGCGUGUCCGGCAUUAGGUUGCGUUGCGUUUGGACUUUCUGCUUCCGGUUGACUUGACGCUCCUUUGAUGACGAUCGUAUGCCAUGUCUGCUCCCGCUCGUGCCACGCCCUUGCCCACGCCCAGAGCGCCCUCGCCCGCCUCGCUGUGCUGCUGCCGCAAGUCUCCGUCAGCAGGGGGACGCUGCGCGGGGGAGUACCCCGCCGCCGCCGACGGCGGGUCUGGGCGGCGCCCGCCCGCGGACGUGGCGUCGGCGUCCAACUUGGUGGACUUCCGUCUGCGUCAUUUCCACUUGGACCUGCGCGUCAACUUUGCGCUGAAGGAGAUGAGCGGCUGGCUGGUUCUGGACCUGGUGCCCUUGGUCGCGGGAGUCCGGACCCUGGUGCUGGACGCGCACCCGUCCCUGCUGGUCCACGCCGUGGACUGCGAGACGAGCGACGGCCGGGAGCCCGCCUGCCUCGCCUUCCGCCUGGAACCCUUCGCGGACUUUGGUUCCGCCCUCAACGUCGACCUUCCUGACCCCGUUGAGGCCGGGACGCACGUGCGGGUCACUGUCAGGUACACGGCCACCGACGGGCCCGCGAUGUGGUGGUUGGACUCAGAGCUGACGUGCGGUCAAGAUCGCCCUCUGGUCUUCACUCAGGGUCAUUCUGUGUCCAAUCGUUCCUUCUUCCCGUGCUUCGACUCUCCGGCCGUCAAGAGCACUUACACGGCGGCCGUUCGUGUUCCGGACGACGUGACGGUUCUGAUGAGCGCGUCCCGUAGUUGGUACUCCAAAGCGGAGCGUGUGUUCCACUUUUCCAUGGACGCGCCGGUGCCUGCCUACCUGGUGGCGCUGGUGGCGGGAAACCUCCAGCACGUGGACGUCGGACCCAGGAGCCGCGUGUGGGCCGAGCCGUGUCUGCUGUCGUGCGCCGCCAAGAAGCUAGGCGGCAGCGUGGAGCGAUGGCUGACCGUAGCGGAGGGACUCUUUGGACCGUACCUGUGGGGGAGGUGCGACCUGGUCUUCCUGCCGCCGGCGUUCCCCAUUGUGGCCAUGGAGAACCCGUGCCUGACGUUCAUCAUCGCGUCCAUCCUGGAGAGCAGCGACUUCCUUCUGAUCGACGUGGUCCACGAGAUCGCGCACGCCUGGUUCGGCAACGCCGUCACCAACGCCACCUGGGAGGAAAUGUGGCUGAGCGAAGGCCUCGCCACGUACGCGCAGCGUAGGAUCACCACUGAGGCCUAUGGUGCUGCGUUCACGUGUCUGGAAAGUGCCGUACGAUUGGACGCUCUGCACAGACAGCUGCGACUGCUCGGCGACAGCAACCCAGUCAGUCGUCUACAAGUCAAACUGGAGCCCGGCGUGAACCCGAGCACGUUGAUGAAUCUUUUCACGUACGAGAAAGGUUUCUGCUUCGUGUCGUACUUGUCGUCGCUGUGCGGGGACGUCAGACGCUUUGACGGAUUCCUGCGGGACUACAUCAGCCAAUUCAAGUUCCAGAGCGUGGUGACUCAGGACUUCCUGGACUUGUUCCUGGCGACCUUUCCCAAGGCGGCGCAGGAGGAAGGUGUGGAUUUCCAGCGCUGGCUGACUGGCUGCGGGGCGCCGCCGUGCGAACCGGAUCUGUCGGCCGGCGGCACGCUGACAGGGCCAGUCCGGGACCUGAUCCGCGUGUGGACCCGCGGGUGCGCCCCUGAGCCGCAGGAGGAGGCGGCCGCCACGGCGGACCUGGCGGGUUGGAGCACCUUCCAGGUGGUUCUUUUUCUGGACUGCAUGCUGGACCACACCCCCCUGACGCACGAGGUGAUGUCUCGUCUGCGCGCGUGUUACGCGUCGCUGUUGGACGGGCUGAACGCGGAGGUACAAGUGCGCUGGCUGCAGAUGGUCGUCAGGAGCCUCUUCUACCCCGACGUGCCCCGACUCAACGACUUCCUACGAAAACACACGUCACGCAUGUACACGGUGCCCCUGUACGAGGACCUGGCGACGGGCGCCAUGCACGGCGUGGCCGUGGAGGCGUUCCAGCAGACUCGGCAACGUCUGCACCCCAACCUCCGACGAACGCUGCAGCAAAUCCUCUCGCAGGGGCAACAGGACGCGCACGCGCGCCUCACGCCGCUGCGGCCCCCCGACGCCGACGGCGUCUCCUUGCGAGACGUCAACGUGUCGGCAUGAGGAAGACCGAGACUUCCCGCUCGCAGACCAAAAUCAACAAACGAGAUCGUGAAGACGACAAACAAAAACAACACUUUGUUUUCUCUCUGUUCCCUUUUUCUUGUUUCUUUUCCAUCUUGUUGUUCUUACAUUUUCUGUAGCGCUUAUGCUCAUUUGGGCGCCUUAUCCCAGCAGACCGCCCGAUUCUUUGUCAGUUUGAAUGCCCUGGUUCAGCUUUUUGUGUGAGUGUGUAUAUGAGCGCGCGCAAACGAGCGUUUGUGCCUUGUCAACGGCGUGCGUUGUGGUUGUCAGGCUGCGCGGAGGUGAAGCGCGCGUCGUGGGUCGGCUCGGGUUUGUGCGAGCGUCGCAAGCGGGUCGGGAAGAAGUGCCAGCGCCACCGCCAGCUGCGCUUCGCAUCAAUACAUGGACUCGAACACGACCGGUACACUGUGCGGGUGUGCUUGGGGCAGACAGCGAUGCAUUCACUGUAGCUGGGACUAGUCUGUCCCGGUGAACUUUGACUCCAAGCGCAGGUGCUGCCGCAAUCCCAUAAUAGUCCUAACGGUCGGCUUCCGUGAAGUGUAGCCUCAAUUGAGCCUUCAUUCUGCUCACGCUUGAUUGCUGCAAAGAAAUGGCAAAUUCCCAGGUGUCUUUGAACGCAUCUUCACGAGUAGCAAAGGGAAAGUUUAUUAUGUGCAAAUAAAAAUUCUAAACAAAACUGGAAUCGCCUUUCUGUGUCUUUGCCUAAACUAAACGCACGAUGACAUCUAGUCAUCGUCGGCUCCGACGCGGCGCCACCCGCCCACCCCGAGGCGUCCGAGCGAGCCGCCGCAUCUUCCGCUCCAGUAAAGCUCUUUACGUUGCACUCGGCCGCUGCGCUCUCCCGUUGGCCGUGGUGAGUCACGUGACCGGGCCGCCAUUGUUCCGUGCAUAAAAGUCUACACGCACGCAAUAUUGUGUGUGAAAAAGAAUCCAGCGGUGAUGAACGCUCGUGUUUGAUCAAUUUGAUUGCGAUUAUUUUCAUUGUUGUUGGACAUUCUGCUGACUCAUCACUUUUGACGGCAAGUUUCUUGACAUUUGUCCGCCGCUUUCGUCCACUUGAAACGUUCUCUUGUUGGUGUGAGAUGAGCAGAGAAGGGCUGGUCGCCACGGCAACAUCAUCAGCAUCCAAAAAGAUGGAGAGGGUAAUGUACUUUUGGGGUUUGGAAAGUACUUCAAGUAUCGAUUGUCGUCAUGGUGAACGUGAUGAUUAACGUGCGUUGUUUUUGUGUGUGUGUGUCAGCGAGAGUCAGUCAGCGGCGUGAGCGACUCCUCGACAUCGAGCGACGUGAUGACCGUCACUUUGAACUUGGAGAAGUGUAACUUCCUGGGUGUCAGCGUGCUUGGGGAAAGUCCGGAUGACGUCGGCGCCGUGUACGUCGGCGGCGUGUACGUCGGAUCCGUCGCGGAGGACGGCGCAGCGGCGGCCGACGGACGCGUGAGCGCGGGGGACGUCUUGAUACGGGUGAGUACGACCGACUGCAUUUGUACUACAUACAGACAGACCCUUUCCAAAAAAUUGUAAUAUCAUGGAAAAGUCUCAUUUAUUUCCAUAACUCCAUUCAAAAAGUGAAACUUUCAUAGAUUAUAGAUUCAGGGCCCACAAUUUAAACAAUUUCAAGUAUUUGUUUAUUUUUACAUAAUUUGGGUUUCCAGCUCAUAAAAUCCACAAAAUCAGGAAUUCAAAAAAUUUGAAAAUACUGUGAAGAAAUCACGAUUUACUUCUCAGUUUUUGUAGGGAAAAAAAAAAGAAGAAAGAAAUUAGGGUCACAUUAAAUCAAUGAAAAUAUGGUACUUUCAAAACGAUAUCUUCAUCUUCAGUACUUGGUUGGGAAUCCCUUUGCAUGAAUCACUGUCUGGAUGCGCCGUGGCAUUCCCUGGUGCUGGUGCUGAGGCUGAGGCUGAGGCUUGCCGUCAGUUCUUCUUUGUUUUUGGGUCUGGCGCCCCUCGUUUUCCUCUUGAUAAUACCCCAUCCGUUCUCAAUGGGGUUUAGAUCCGGCGAGUUGGCCGGCCAGUCGAGCACUGGUGGCAUGGGCAUCGAAGCAGGUUUUGGUGCUUCUGGCGGUAUGGGCGGGGGCCAGGUCCCGCUGGAAGAUGAAAUCUGCAUCUCCAUACAGAUCCCCAGCAGAAGGAAUCAUCAAGUCUUCUAAAACAUUCUGCUAGACUGCAGCUAGAAUACUAGGGGAGACCUGCUAACCAUCAAGGAGGCUACUCCGGACUUUCUGUCACCAACUUUCGAAAAUCCGCUCAGUUUUUUCCCCGAGUUACUCACCGGAGCGGCGUCCGCGGUUUUCGGCGCAUGGAUGCGGAAGCGGCGCCACAGAGGAAAACGAGCCGGCAUUCAGGUGAAACUCCGCAAGAGAGGACACAGAUUGGCGUUCCGUUCGAUCCACCUCGCGAAUGUACGCUCCCUACCCAACAAAAUGGACGAGCUUAAUCUUCUGUUAAAGACCAGUAAAGACUUCGGACGUUCCGCGGCCAUGUGCUUCACGGAGACCUGGCUUUGCGACGCCGUACCCGAUGGCGCCGUCACGCUUCCCGGCUUCAACAUUCAUCGAGCGGACCGCGACAUGGAAUCAUCGGGAAAAACGAAGGGCGGCGGGAUAUGCCUCCAUAUAAACGAAAAAUGGUGUACGGACGUCACGGUGCUCAGCACACACUGCAGCCCGCAUUUGGAGUCGCUGUUUCUGAACUGUAAACCAUUUUACUCGCCACGUGAGUUUGCAUCGUUUAUACUGCCUGGAGUCUAUAUCACACCGCAAGCUAACACGAGCGCCGCAUUGCUAACGCUCG